GUGCGGCGGCUGCCCCCCACGGAGGAGCCGAGCGUGGCGAAGCGGCUCCUGGUGCUGCUCUUGGCCGUGGUGAGUGCCCAGGUGUACAGCGCCACCGAGGACGUGACCCCCGAGGUGGCUGCGACGGCCGUGGUGACACCCGAAACACCCACGGGGACACCCGAAACAUUCACGCUGACACCCGAAACACCCACAUCACCUACUGUGACAUCCCUGCCCGGGGACGGAGCCCUGCUCAGGACUGCUGUGACGCUUACGGGGACAACCUGGACACCCAACGGGACACUGGUGGGGACACCCAUGGGUGCCUCCUGCCCCCGGCUGCUGCUGUCACCUGCCCUGUGGCCCCACAACUACACAACCGGAGGCGCUACCCACUGA